AUGUCCACGGAGGCGACCACGCCCGUGCCCAGCGAUGGCACCUUCCAAACCCUCUGGCGGUCGUACGCCAUGAUCAUCGUCUCGGAGCUCGGCGACAAGACCUUCCUCGUCGCCGCCAUCCUCGCCAUGCGUCACCCCCGCGCCCUCGUCUUCGCUGGCGCGUUCGCCGCGCUCGCCCUCAUGUCCGUCCUCUCCGCCGAGCUCGGCCACAUCCUGCCCACCCUCAUCCCCCGCCGCUGGACGCAGGCGUGCGCCGCCGUCCUCUUCCUCGUCUUCGGCGCGAAGAUGCUCCAGGAGGGCCGCGAGAUGAAGGGCGGGAACGAGAAGAUCCAGGAGGAGAUGAAGGAGGCCGAGGAGGACAUCGAGGGCGACGACGCCGCGCUCGACGGGACCGGGAUGGAGGACGGGGGCGAGAUUGUGCCGCUCGAGGCGGUCGAGGCGGGCACCGCGCCCGGGCACGCGCGCAGGCGGAGCAUGGGCGGGCGCGUGGCGGAGAGGGGCUGGAGGCGGUACGCGGACUCGGCGCGCAACUUCUUCAGCUACCUGCUCGGGCCUGUGUUCGUGCAGGCGUUCAUCCUCACCUUCUUCGGCGAGUGGGGCGACCGCAGCCAGAUUUCGACCAUUGCGCUUGCCGCUGCUGAUAAUGUCUUUCUCGUGUCCAUCGGCACCGUAGCAGGCCACGCCUGCUGCACCGCGCUCGCCGUCAUGGGCGGCCGCUACAUCGCGAGCACCCGUAUAUCCGUCAAGCACGUGACCCUCGCCGCGUCCGCGCUCUUCCUCCUGUUCGGAGUCGUGUACUUGUACGAAGCCUUCGCGGCCAUAGACCCGGAGGCCGCGGACCUGCACCCGCUGAUCGAGGCCUGA